GGUUGACGGUGUGGAAGUAAGAACAGAGGUGGAAGUUGAGGGAGGAGAGGAGCUCGCUGGGGUACUCAUUUAAAGCUACAGCGGUGACAUGGGAGAGGAGAACCACGAAGGAGGCGACAUCUGUCAGCUGCUUGCGCUAAAGUUAAAGGCCACAACAUCAGCAAUAGCAUCAGAUCAUCUGUGACGGAGGAGAUUCCUGGUUCACAAGUUUUCUAAAUUGUGAAGCUUCUGGAGAUUCACAUGUUCGGAGACUCUGCCGGCGAGCUGCUCUCUGAUCCGCUCUAAGGGCCUGAUUCCGCAUCUUAAAAAACAAAGGGGCACGCAGUUUUCGUCCACGCGGAGUGUCUCUCUGAUCGAAUCGUCCAAGUUUAUCAACGUCGCUGUAUCCUGCGUCAACCAACACAAGAAAUCUUGCAUUUUAUUUCCCUAUCUCUUUUGUCUCGCGUGUUCACACACUCAGCGGGCCCCACCGUAGAGCCCACAGACGUUUCCAACCUGAACCAGAUAGACAGCCACGGACAGCAACAAGAUUUCGCGUCAUGAUGUGAUCCAAUCUCCGUCUUCCGCGUGUCGAAUUGGAAUCUUUCAGUUUUCACGCCGGCAAAGUCACCACCUUCAAAACGGCUCUGAAUUGACUAUAAAUCAAUACAACAACAAGAAGUGGAAGACUGAAUCGUCCCGUGAAGCGGAUGGGAUUGGUUUUGGGAGCUCUGUCGUUGGUGCUCAUCUCGAUCCUAGGGAGGAUCCUUUUCCGGCAGAUUUGGCGGCCCUACGCGAUCACAAAUGACUUCAGGAAGCAAGGUGUGACCGGCCCGAGUUACAGAUUUUGGUCGGGAUCCAUCGAGGAGAUCAAAAGUUUGAAGAAAGCCGGAAGCGACUUGAUUCUCGAAAACGACUGUCAUGAUAUCACCAAAAGAGUUAUCGUGCACUACCGCGAGUGGAUCCCUCGAUAUGGGGAAACAUUUUUGUUCUGGAUUAGAUCGGAACCCAGGAUUUGUGUGAGUGACGUGCAGAUGGUCAAGCAGAUUUUGUCAAACAAGUCUGGCUUCUUCCACAAGAUGGAAGUGCCUCCCAGCGUUUUGUCCCUCUUCGGUAAGGGAUUGGUGUUGGUGGAAGGAGAAGAGUGGGAGAGACAUCGCAGGGUUGUCAACCCUGCUUUCGCCAUUGACAAACUCAAGCUCCUAACGAAAACAAUGGCGGAAUGCACUAAAACAAUGAUUGAUGCAUGGCUAUACGAAACAAAUACAGAACAAGAUCGAAGAAAGGAAAUCGAUGUCGCAGAACGCUUCCAAGAAUUGACAGCAGAUGUGAUCUCUCACACAGCAUUUGGAAGCAGUUACAAAGAGGGAAAGGAAGUGUUCUUAGCCCAAAGAAAACUUCAAUUUCUGGUCGCAGCUUCAUUUCUGAAACUGACCUUCCCUGGAUCCAAGUACUACCCUACAAAGAACAAUUUGCAAAAGUGGAAGUUAGAACGAAUAAUCAGAAACACACUGAUAAGCAUCAUAAAGAGUAGAUUGGACUCCAAGGAUGGUUCUGGAUUUGGAAAUGAUCUACUUGGAUUGAUGUUAGAAGCGAGUCGAGUGCAAGAUAACGAACUACUGAGCAUGAAUGAGAUUAUAGAUGAGUGCAAGACCUUCUUUUUUGCGGGGCAAGAGACAACUUCACAUUUGCUAGCUUGGGCUAUGUUCUUGUUGAGCUCAAACCAAGAUUGGCAAGAGAGGGUUAGGGAUGAAGUGAUCGAAUAUUGUGGAAAUGAGAUUCCGAAUCCUGAAAUGCUCAGCAAGUUGAAGUUGGUCACCAUGGUGCUCCUUGAAACAUUGAGGCUCUAUGGCCCGAUAGUAUUGUUAGGACGAAAGACUGCUAAAGAUAUUAGUUUCAGAAACAUAAACAUACCAAAGGACACUAAUUUGAUGAUCCCGAUAGCGAUGAUUCACAGGAAUAUGAAGCUUUGGGGAGCUGAUGCUAAUGAAUUCAAUCCUCUUAGGUUCGAGAAUGGGGUUUCAAAGGCUGCUACGCAUCCAAAUGCAUUGCUUUCAUUCUCAAUCGGACCGCGUGCUUGCAUUGGACAAAAUUUCGCCAUGUUGGAAGCUAAGAUGGUGCUCGCGAUGAUCCUGCAACAGUUCCAAUUUACCUUGUCGCCUAAGUACAAGCAUGCUCCUGUCGAUGUGAUCACAUUGCAACCUAAAUUUGGGCUCCCUAUUAUCUUAAAGCCCUUGCUUGUCUGAAUCAUGAUGUUGCUAAAUUAUGUAUCCAUACGCAAACAUAUACAGAAUGUUUGACCCAUUGUCUCGAUACACCGCUGACAUGGAUGUUCAAAAUAAUCUUAUAGAUUUUGCCCUACGAUAGGUUUGCUCGUGUCGUAGUGGCCUUUUUAUGAA